GUCUUUCUCAAUGACUUUUCGCGGGGGCAGCGCUCAUGGCAUUUGCCCUCGAUCGGCUCUCGUCGACCUCUCAACUUGUCUCAUGGCAUUGACGCAGUACGAAUCUUCUCCUGUUAUUGACGUACCAGGUAGUAUCUUCCCAAUCAACCAUUGAGGUGCUCACCAUUACUAUUACUAAAUCUAUGAAAUUCGUCGUUCGUUGUCACCCGUAUUCAUCAAGGCUGUGGUAUUUCUCUUGGUGACUGCCUCUCAUGCACAGAGCUUAUUCUCUCUCCCAAAGACGGGCCGACAAUGAAUACUGAUAUUAGCGAUGCAAACUUUGAGCUGAUGAAGAUUGUGGAUCAGAGGAUUGCAGCAGCAGCUGAAGACGACAACAAUUCUCAACAAAGAGAACAUCACCAUCUAGGGAAUCAACAUCCAAGGGAGAAUCUGACUGCACUCGGCCCACAUACAAAUACGAAGAGUGCUGGUAGUCAUGAGAAUGAUGACUUUGACUUGAUGGAAAUCGUAGCCCAAAGAGCCGCCGCUGCCAGGGCGGCCAUUGAUUCUGAACAGGCUCAAGAGCCGGGUUUCCCAAAGUCCCACAAUCAGGCUUCACGUCCAGCAAGAAGUCUCAUGUGUGCUACGGAGGAACAAGAGCCCAGCAAUAUUCCAAGCUCAAGUAUUGGUAUGGCAUCCUUGAGGCGCAUGCAAAAUGUCAUAGCAGAGUUUGUACAGCCAGGAGCAUAUUCUGUUGAUGGGAUCGCCACACAUCUUCAAGAAGAAGAUGGAUCUUCGGAAUCGGACAAUGAAGGAGGAAACUGGGAGGAAGAAGAUAUUCAAGCUGUCGCAUAUCCCAUUGACCAUCAGGGAACGGAAGAAUUUCUCCCUAGGGCCGAGAAACCAGCCAAUCAGUCCCAGAAAAUGGGGUUGUUAGGGUUCCAGUGCUGCCCGCAGCCACACAAGCACCAAUAA